UGAAUGAUGCUGUCCCAUUGAAGGCAAACAGCAAACCACUCUCUUUAUCAAGCCCUUCCAGCUUUCAGCUCCUUCCCCAUGCCUUCGUCUGGCUUUUCCACCAAUAUGAGAUUCAAAUUUUCUCUCCUGGCAAUUGUUCUGGAGGCGAUCCUCAUUGCUUUAUUUGGGAUAUUUGUAAGAUACAAAGAAUUCACCAUACAUCAAUCCCAAAAAGAACAAACACUACACAUUGAACUAUACCCAUUCUUUCAGGAUGUUCAUGUGAUGAUAUUUGUUGGAUUUGGUUUCCUGAUGACCUUCCUGAAGAAAUAUGGAUUCACCAGUGUUGGAAUCAACAUGCUCAUUGCUGCUCUUGGUAUCCAGUGGGGCACCCUCAUGCAAGGGUUUUGUCAUAUGAAAGCAAGGAAAAUUCAGAUUACUGUUAAAAGCAUGAUCAAUGCAGACUUCAGCACGGCAACUGUCUUGAUUUCAUUUGGAGCUCUCCUGGGGAAAACAAGCCCAGUCCAAAUGAUGAUCCUGACGAUUAUGGAGAUCACAUUCUUUUCAUGCAAUGAGUACCUCGUUGUGGAUGUCCUCAAAGCCACAGAUAUUGGAGCAUCAAUGACUAUUCAUGCUUUUGGAGCUUACUUUGGUCUGGCUGCAGCCCGAGUCUUGUAUCGCCCUGGUUUGAAAAAAGGUCAUGAAAAUGAAGAGUCUUCCUAUCACUCAGACAUGUUUGCUAUGAUCGGCACUCUUUUCCUCUGGCUGUUCUGGCCCAGUUUCAACUCUGCCAUUGCAGUACCUGGGGACCCUCAAUACAGAGCAAUAGUCAAUACUUACUUCUCUCUAGCUGCAUGUACGGUCGCAGCAUUUGCCUUCUCCAGCUUCACUGACCAUAGAGGCAAGUUUGCUAUGGUUCACAUUCAAAAUGCCACCCUAGCAGGCGGAGUAGCAGUGGGGUCCUGUGCUGACUUGGGCAUCCAGUCUUUUGGCGCUAUGUUAAUUGGUUUUGUUGCUGCAAUCAUCUCUGGCAUCGGAUUCAAGUUCCUGACUCCAUUUCUUGCUUCUUAUCUGAAAAUUCAAGACACUUGUGGAGUCCAUAAUUUACAUGGUUUGCCUGGAUUAGUGGGCGGGAUUGCAAGCAUCAUUGCAGCUGCGUUACAAGUAGAACAUCCGCCAUCUCAUCCUAUUUCUGUUGGUAUGCAGGCUGCUGCCUUGGGUUGUACGCUAGGAAUUGCACUAAUAGGAGGAGCGUUUGCAGGUUUAAUUCUCAGCUUGCCUUUCUUGGGUCAAGCCCCGGAUCAGAACUGCUACAACGACUCAGUUUACUGGGAGGUCCCAGAAGAAAGCAAACAACUUGUUGAAAUGUCCAGUGAACAAGACACUCAGAGAUUUAAUGUCAACAUGUAGAUGGAUUUCUCCAUUAUUAACUUCAGUCCUAAUAGUGUCAUUUUCAGACAUUAGUGGUUUUCAAUAAGUAAAGGAAUGUAGAGAGCUAUAGUUUUGUAAGAUGAAAUAAGCUUUAAUAAGGAUAUAUUGUCCCUACCAAAUUUGAUAUACACAAUGCAUAUUUCAAGCUCUGUUGAAUGUAAAAGCCUUUCAAAUGCCUAUGCUUACCUCAAAUUGAAAGCAGCUAACUGGAUUGCAAUAUGUCCUGUAUUUCAGCAGUCCAUCAUAACUCAAGUUCUUUAAAUUGAUUUCACAUCUAUGUGUUUCUACCAUGCUUAUCGCCAAGGUUUCAUGUUUAGCAGCAAGUAUUCAGAAUCUGGAACAAAAUGUUACUUUAGCAAGACAUGGAAAAAUUAGACCAGGAAGAAUUUCAUACCCUCUAAGCUAGUAUAGGUAAACUGAGAGAGGAUAAAGAAAAGAUCUAUAGGUUUUUAUUUUGGUUUCCAAAAUGAUUUUUUACUAAAGACCGCCACACGAAACUAUUAUGAAACCAUGCCUACCUAAUGAGUCAUAAACCCUGUUGUGGAUUAAAAACUGGUCAAGUAAUAGGAAAUAAGGUGUUAGGAAUUCACAACUAGUUUUAAGUGCAAAAAAAUGGCUUUCAGUGAGGUAUCUAACACAGACAUAUGACAACUCCGUCUUCAUUAUAUUUUUAAUUAUCUCAGUGAGUAAGUGAAUGGGAGGUGGGACAAAAUGUAUUAUUAACACGAUAAUUUAGGUUAGUCAAAACCAGGUGAAGCAAUUCAGAAGCACCUUCUAAACCCUAUGUAACUGGGCAACAUUGUCUGAUGAAAUCCAGCACUGGCAAGCAGAAGAUGAUACUUAUUGAGAGGCAAGCCUAAAGACUGACUUGUGUUCAUUGACUGGUUCUGAGCUCAACACACACGCAAGAACAAGGUCUGGAUUGUUAAGAGAGUCAUUGAAGAAGCAUGCGUGUCAGAGCAGAAAAACAUGUAAAAUGCCUGUGUCACAUCUUGAAGUCUGAAAGUGCUGCAUCUGGCAAAACUACCCAGCUACAAACAGGACAAAGGGCCAAGAAGACCAACAAAAAAUAAUGAGGAUCCAUGAAAUGCAUUAAGAGGAGAACUUAAGGGGAAGGACAAAAUAAAAAGCAAUUUUGAGCAAGCAUAAAACAGUACCACAGAGAAGCUCAGUCCUGUUUAUUAUGUGUCAUAGUCAAAUUAAUAAGAGGCUUCCUGAUUAAAAUGAAAGGGAGCUAAUGUUAAAAUGUGAGCAAAUGUGUAGGACUAAUGAAUAGAGCUCAUUUCUUCAAGCUACAACUUAUGCCAAACAGAAGCACCAAUUAGAUUUUAAAAAGUGUUGUGAGCAGUAUAAAGCAGAUGAGCUUGCAAUGGCCUUAUAAGGACUGUUUUACUUUAGGGCUGAUAACUGGGAGUUAGUGAGGAAGUCCUUCCAUAAAGCUGAAUUUCAUUUAAAAAGUACUUACAUGUUCUUCUGAAUCUUCCAAUGCAUAGCACCUUAAGAUAGGAUACUGGGUUAAACUGACCAGUAAGGUAAAACCACUGUAUAGUGUUUUAUAUAUAAGCUUUUAUCGAUGAAUGAAAUACCUAAUUGUUUAAAUACAUUUUAAUACUAUUUUUAGAAAUGUUCAUUUUUGCAGAUAAGCAGGGCCACACUGUGUUUUUCUUUUUUGUCUGAAUGCAGUCUUGUAUCCAAAUACUCUAGGGAAUAUAUUGUCUUUAAAUGGGAAAGGCAAUAGGAACAGGUCGAUAUAAACGUUGAAUGUUUAAAGAUUUUAUAAAUACUUUGUGUCUAUGUUAGAAGAGCAAAGCUGCCCAUGGAUGGGCUGAUUGUAUAUAUUUUAUACCCAAC